AUUAAAAUUAUACUUGGUAAACAAAUAAUAGGCAUUAGUCUUCUGCGAAAUUUCCAAUGAGAAAAGGAAGAGAAAUUCUGAUCCUGGGCUACAAAAAAAGCCUAACUGUGUAACAGUACUAGUAUGUAAAACUAGUAAUUCUUAGGCACUAAUCACAACUCAAGAUGGCGUCCUUGGUCUUCAAGAUUCAGCGGUGGCUGAAGCAGCCAAAGGUAUGGAGAUUUGUGGGUUUUGCUUCAGCUGUGAUUGGCCUCUUAUUUUAUGCUAUGAGUUCUGCCUUCAACUCUUUAUUUGGCGAGUGGAACUUGCUCAAAACGUUUCUCUAUAGCGUUCUGAGCUUCAUCAUCUGUGUUACUGUGUUAUUUGCAAAGGCAUGGGAACACUCAAGUAAUCUUAGGAUAAAAGCUCACAUGGCAUUCUUUGUACUGACCAUCACUUCAUUCUAUUCCUUUUUCUUUGAUAAAGCUGCCAAGGGGAAGCCGGAUGCAUAUGGUCUGGCUUCUUGUGCUGCGUUUGCUGUGAUGUCAUUCAGUUUGUCAAGACGCACUCGCUGCGGAUUUGAAGUGGACAUGCUAUAUUUCUUCUUGGGAGCUCUGAUAGUACAACUCAUGAAGAUAAAAUGGGUGUUGGGUAUAGCUGGAGCAGGUUUCAGUUAUUUCCUAAUCGUUUUCCUUUCUUGGUUAGAUGAUCUACAACCUGAAGAAAAUGCAUAUAUUGAACUCCAAGAUCAGCCUCAAGUGAUCAUUCAGGUAGGUUCACUACAACCACGAGAAUCCAAUGCUAGCAGCGGUAGUGCUCCUGUUUGCACACAACCAGAGGCCAAUAUUCAAGAUCAAGCAACCCCUGAUGGGGAUUCACAUUCACAAAAAGCCAAUGCUGAUUUUGCUCUUAUAAAGCCGCAUCUGUUGGUUUCUUUAAAAGCACUUAAGAAACAGAACGAGAAAAUUUUUGGCUUGCUUUACGGCCAGUCUUUGGUAGAUUCCAUUCAGCAUGACCAAAACUUGUUUACUGACGUGAUUCCAUUGAAAAUUAUCAAUCGCCUUAAUGGAGCUCUUAAAAUUGCGGCUGCCAAUGGGUUUGAGAAGGAGUGGUGCCAGUUAUACAGCAGUUGUCGCAGAGAGUUCUUGCACCAGUGCCUUUCCAAGUUAGAGUUGGAAGACUCAAACAACGAGGACACAAAUUGGAGAGAAGGUUUUCGUAUUGCAAUCCACAAAUUAUUUCCUGCCGAAAGGAGACUUUGCAAUCGUGUUUUCUUUGGAUUCUCCUCCCUUGAAGAUCUAACUUUCAUGUUGAUUUGCAAAGAACUCACCGUUUAUUUCCUAAACUUUGCAAAUACUGUUGCAAAUACUACUCCAUUUGAAAACAGUUGGAGAAGUACUUUGGUAAGCCAAGUGGAAAUGUUUAGGGACAUGAGUGACAUGAUACCUGGAUUGGAAUCGGUGUUCCCUGAUCAGCACAGUGAAAUACUAAAAAUUGAAGCAAUGAUGACUCGACAAAGAUUGGGUGAGAAGAUUAGGGAUGUUUUCAAAGACAUGGAGAAUCUGAUUUGCUGUGAUUCAGCUAGUGUGGAUGCUGUAGGUGACGUUGAUGUGCUUACCUCCAACAUCAUGCAAGGUCUUAGUGUAGCAUUGAGAAAUUGGAAUAUAAUUAGGAAGGCUUUCAUAGAGUAUCCGAUGGACGUUAAUAGAGGGGGAUCUUAUCCUUCACUUUCUUCCCAGAUAGCUCGGAUAAUGGAGUUGCUGGAUAACCACUUAGAAGCCAAAUGCAAAACCUACACUGAUCCUGCUUUGGGACAUGUUGCCAUGUUGAAUAAUGUCACGUUCAUCACACAAAGGGUACUACAUCAUCCUUCCAUAGCCCGAUUUAGGAGCGAUAACUACAGUGCCGCUAACAUUUGGGAUGAAGAUUGGAUGAAAAAGUGCACAGCGAAAAUUCGGCAAAACCUUGAAGAUUAUAAAAGAAGUUCAUGGAAUGAGUUGCUGGGCUUAUUGAAGCUGGAUAACAAUGAAUCACUGGAAAAUAAUGUAGCAGCUGAGUCCAUGAAAGAGAAGCUAAAGUUGUUCAAUGUUCAAUUUGAGGAGAUAUGCUGCACUCAGUCUAAAUGGUUUGCCAGGGAUAAUAAUAUACGGAAAGAGAUAAUAGUAUCCCUAGAAAACACUUUGUUGCCAGCAUAUGGAAGCUUUGUUGGAAGGCUCCAGGAUGUUCUCGGUAAGGCUGCUUAUGACUAUAUCCAGUAUGGAAUGCUUGACAUUCCAGAUCGACUCAACCGCCUUUUUCUUGGAGACAAGCGGAUGAGUCCGUAGCUGAGAGAGGAGAUAUGUCCUUGUGUAAUUUUAAUGUUUUCAAGUUAGAAUUUGUGCGUCUCUUCUUUUGUUUUGUAAACUUAUUUUCUCUUUGGAUGCUUGAUUCAAUUCCAAGGUACGAGUGUGCAUAACUCUUCGGUUCAUUACA